AGGAUGUGUCUUCCUCUUUGUUGUCAUCCUCGCAGUUGUCCAGCCGCUGAGGGACUGAGUGGCUGAAAUGUGGCUUUUGUUUUUGUGGUGAUUUGCGUACCAUCUCCAAGACGAUGCCGGAGCUGAACACUGAGAUCCCUCAAGGCCUCGUGUCCGCUGCUGCGCUUCUGUACGUGAUGCUGAAACGGGAGGCGCGGAGGAAGAAGACAGCAUCCAUGCUGAACACUGAAUAACUCUCCGGCCUGUCAAUGAACAUGCUAUUGAGGUGACUAUUGCUCACAGAAUAAAGAUGUCGCCAUUGGUGCUGGGAGUCGGAGCGUGCUUAGCUGGGUGGAUUGGUCUUUAUGCUUUGCUGUGCUACACAAAUGGCUCUUGUGGCUAUGAAUGGAACUGUCGGCUAGUUACACUAUUCCAUGGCAUCCUUGCAGUCUGUAUAACCGCUUACAUUGGAUACAUAGAUGGACUGUGGCCUUUCACCUACCCAGGUACAAAGAACACCUCUCUGCAGAUCACCGCUAUGGUGGUCAGUCUGAGCUACUUUAUCUUUGACAUGGCCUGGUGUGUGUACUUCCGCACAGAGGGCCUGGUAAUGCUCGCUCACCACACCAUGAGCAUCCUGGGUAUUCUGCUCACUCUGUGGCUGGAGGAGUCGGGCAUCGAGUCUUGCGCCGUGCUGUUUGGCAGCGAGAUCACAAACCCACUCCUCCAGACGCGCUGGUUUUUGAAACACUCUGGCCGCUACGACAGCUUCCUCGGAGACGUGGUGGACGUACUGUUCGUGCUGCUGUUUGUGUUCAUGCGCAUUUUCGUUGGUGGUGCCAUGUUGUACUGUGAGCUAAUCUCUCCAAGACCCAAGUUCAUCAUUAAAUGUGGCGGUGUGGCCAUGUAUGCGCUGUCCUGGGUGUUCAUGGUUGACAUCAGUCGUUUCACACACCGCAAAUCCCAGCUCAAAUACCAGCGCUGGAUGAAUCGCCACAGGAUGGCAGAGGUUAACGGGCAGGACGUGAAGAGAGACUGAAAGAUCUCUGCUCAGCGGUUUGGCCUCUCGUUUCUAACACUGGAGGGAAGAAUGAGAAUCAGAACAAGUGAACCAGCUAAUAAAGAUCUGCAGCUUAUAGAUGUUUACAUCUUUUUUAAAGGAUAUCAGCUAUUAAAGUUUAUUUCUGGUUGGUAAUAUUCAGAUGGGAAAACAUCCAUGCUGUAUCAGAGCCCUUAAACAGUCUUGAUUGUUUUUUAUUAUUUGCCAUUUUGAUUAACUCAAAAUUCUUACAAUCAAAUCUAAUGUAAUAUAUUUGUACUCAUAAGGAAUGCAGUGUAUAAACUCUUAAGUACUUGAAAUAGUUGAUAUUUUUGUAAUUAGGAACACUACUUAUUAUGUUGCUUUUACAUUCUUAAACUUUAAGUAUGUGCAAUAUUCAGAAAUGAUCAUGAAAAACUACUAAAUGUUUCUGGAAGAUUACUGAAUGAUUUGUGUGUGAUUAAUGACUUGAAUGAAAAAGUAAACCAAGAAAUCUUGUCUUUGAAGUGUAACCAUUUUCAGAUUUUGAGACUGAGUGAUGACUUACCGGCUGUUUGCAUCAGUUAUUUAUCUGUUAUGGUGAAUUGACCACACCAGUUGAUAAAUCAAUAAA